AUGCAGCCUCUAGGAGGAGAUGUCAUGAUGUUCACCAUCAGAGCUCUGCUGUGCCUGGGGACCCUCCCUAAGCCUGUACUCAGAGCCCAGCCAGAACUUGUGGUCUCCAAUCAAACUAAUGUGACCUUCCUGUGUGAGGGUACAACAGGAGCUAAAGAGUACUAUAUCUACAAAGAUGGAAGUCAUUAUGAACAGUUAUCAGGGAUUCUCCUAAAGCCUGGGAACAAGGCUGAAUUCUCCAUCACAAAAACUGACCAGCACCACGCAGGGAGAUAUCAAUGUCGUUAUUGGAUCCAUGAUGGAUGGUCUGAGUACAGUGAGUCCUUGGAGCUUGUGGUGACAGGAGUCUACAGUAAACCCAGCCUGUCAGCCCAGCCCAGCCCUGUGGUGACUGAAGGAGGGAAUGUCAGCCUCCAGUGUGUCUCAGGGCAGCAAUAUGACAGGUUCAUUCUGACUCAGGAAGUGCCACAGAAGCGCUCCUGGACACUGGCCUCAGAGUAUAACUUGUCAACUGAAGGAUUCCAGGCUCUUUUCUCUGUGGGCCCUGUGAUCUCCAGUCAAAGAUGGACAUUCCGAUGCUAUAGCAAUGACCUGAGCAGACCACUGGUGUGGUCAGAACCUAGUGAUCCUGUGGAGCUCCUGUUCUCAGGUAAACUCCACAAACCUAUCAUAAAGGCUGUGCCAGGCUCUGUGAUUGCCUCCAGAAGUGCCGUGACUAUCUGGUGUCAGGGGAGCCUAGAUACAGAAAUAUAUGUUCUGCACAAAGAGGGAAGCUCAAAACCCUGGGGCACACAGACCCCAGAGAAACCUGGGGGUAAGGCCAAGUUCUCCAUCCUUUCUGUGACAAAGCAACAUGUAGGACAAUAUCACUGUUACUGUUACAGCUCAGCAGGCUGGACAGAGCACAGUGACCCAUUGGAGAUUGUGGUGACAGGAAUCCACAGACAUAUACCAAUCCUGUCAGCCCUGCCUGGCAAUGUGGUGACCACAGGAGGCAACAUGACUCUCCAGUGUGUUUCACUGAGAAAAUAUUACAAGCUCAUUCUCUCCAAGGAAGAUGAGAAGUUCUCCAUCUCCCUGGAUUCACAGUAUAUAAGCCAUGAUGGGCACUCCCACGCCAUGUUCUCUAUGGGUCCUGUGACCUCAGUCCACAGAGGGACAUUCAGAUGUUAUGGUUACUACAAUGAUACCCCCCAGUUCUGGUCACUACCCAGUGACCCUCUGGAAAUACACAUCUCAGGGCUGUCCAAGAAACCCUCCCUGUUAAGUCACCAAGGCUGUAUCCUGGACCCUGGAAAGAGCCUCACACUGCAGUGUUGUUCUGAUAUCAACUAUGACAGAUUUGUUCUGUACAAGGUGGGCUCAACUAACUUCACCCAGCAUCAUCGCAAAUGGACCCAGGCUCUUUUCUCCUUGGCCAACUUCACACUGGGCUCUGUGAACAGUUCUACUGCAGGCCAAUACAGGUGCUAUGGUGCACACAACUUCUCCUCUGAGUGGUCUGCCUCUAGUGACACUUUGGACAUCCUGAUCUCAGGACAGCUUUCCUUCAGUCCUUUCCUCUCAGUGAAGCCUAACUCCACAGCACAUCCAGGAGACAAUGUGACCCUUCUGUGUUGGUCAAGAGAAAGAGUGGAGACUUUCAUUCUGUACAAAGAGGGGUCAGUCCAUCAACCCCAGCGACUAAAAUCAAAGUUCCAAGAUCGGCACUUCCAGGCAGAAUUUUCCAUGAUUGCUGUGACCUCUGCCAUUUCUGGAAACUACAGGUGCUAUGGUUCUCAAGACUCAUCACCAUACUUGUUGUCAUAUGCCAGUGCCACCGUGGAGCUCAUAGUCUCAGGACCCAUUGAAGCCUCCAGCCCACCACCCUCAAGGCCCAUGAAAACAGCUGGACUGGAAAUGUACCUGCAGGCUCUGAUUGCAGCAUCUGUGGCCUUCCUCCUGUUCCUCUUCAUCCUCAUCUUCCUCCUCCGGCAAAGGAAACAGGGCAAAUGCAAGAAGGAUGAUACUUCAGUGGAGAAAAUGCAGCCUGAGCAUGGUGUGGAGCUGGAGAGUUGGAGACCAACUGAGGAAGGCCCCUUGGGUGAUGUAUAUGCCAAGGUGAAGCCCUCUAGCCUCAGGAGGGCAGCAACUCUCCUACCUUCUCUCAUGUCAAGAGAAGUCCUGGACACCAAAUAUGGACAAGCAGAAAAGGACAGAGUAAUGGACACUCAGGCUUCAGAAUAUGAAGAGCCCGAGGAUGUGACCAAUGCCCAACCUUUCAACAUGAUGCUCAGACAGGAGACCUCUGCACUCACUCCCUCCCAGACAGGUGAUGUCCCAGAGGAGCCAGUCUAUAUGCUGCCCUGGAAGUCACUAACCCAGAGACCAUUUGAAAGAACAGAAAUUAAUGACCCUCUGACUGCAAGGAUGGUUAAUGGAGACGUUGAAGUGAUUCUUGGAAUUUUGGGGAAAACAUCUGCAUUUUGA